AUGUCCACUGUAGACAUCAGGCCGCGCCUCUGUCGGAGCCCCUCCGCACCCCCCGGCCGGCUCCGGCCCCUGUCCCUGCCCCGGCCCUGCCUGUGCCCACGCCCGGAGCCCCGGCGGCCCAAGAAGCGCGUGGUGUUCGCGGACCCGGCAUCAGACAGGUGGGGGUUCCGGGACCGGCUGCGGGCCCAGGCCGUGUGCCUGGAGCGGUGCUCCGUGCGGGCCGGACUCCUGAGGGGCACCGUGGCCGUGCGGGACCUGGCCGCGCACAAGGCCGUGUGGGUGCGCAUCACCUUCGACGCCUGGGCCUCCUUCCGAGACCUGCCCUGCACCGCCGACCCUGACCCGGCCGGUCCUGCCCCCGUCGGACACAAAUCCUUCGCCUUCCAGGUGACGCUGCCCCCGGGACCCCCGGCUCCACGAGGCUCCAUCCAGUUCUGCAUCGCCUUUCAAUGCAACCGACACCUCUACUGGGACAAUAACCAGGGCCGCAAUUAUCAACUGGUGCCCCUUGGCUGGCCGGCUUUGGGGCCCUAUUGGUGA